AUGUCAACGCACGCAGUGCAGCCCCAAAAUGCCCCCUCGAAUCACUCGAAUCACAUCACCACCUGCCACAAGUCACCACCAAUGCCACUGAGGAUCAAAGAAACUUUACCACAAUCAGCACCACCGACGAGUCAAUCAGCAACAAUCAGUCAGGCUCAAGUGAUUCCAGUGACAUCGGUGCAGCCAGCCUUCGUUCGACCAUUCGAGGACUCCUUCAGGGGGUCCACUAAAGUCCCCAUCUGGGGCACACGCAGUCACAGUGUCCAGAGUCAAAUUGGACAUGGGGAUGUGCUGAAGAGCGUCGUGACAACAUCCAGCGGUGUGCAGAGUCAUCAGGAGUGUGUGGAUAGCAAAACGAGUGUCUAUUCUCAUCAGGCGCCUCAUCAGAAUUAUCAUCCAGUGGUGAGUCAAGUUGGGGGUCUCUACAAGCCCCAGGUGUUCACACCUCUGCAGCUUCCCCAGGUCAGCAAGCCCGUCGCCUCGAGCAAUGGGGAUGUGCAGAAGUUCAGUGUGAAUGGGGGUAAAAUGCACUCGGAUAAUUCUGAGGGCAAUCAGAGGAACAAUGGUGCAGCUGUUAGUCCGAUGGAGAACUCCUUGGGACAUGAGAAAUCAGUUAAUGCCAAUUUUUAUAGUAAUGUCGAGGGUAACUUAAUGUCUAAACAUGUUAGUAAGGCUUUCGAUAGCUCCAAGGACUUGAAGUCAAGUGCCAGUGAUGGAGAUGCCUCGGGGAAGCAGAUUAAUCACAGAGUUGUGACGGCGGGGGAGAAAUUUAAAGUCAAUAGUGAGGUGAGUGGGGACGUGAAGGCUCCGGUGAGAGUCGACAAUUGUGAGAGGGAGGAGACCAAAGCUCCUGAUGUAAUCGGUGCGGCGGUGCCGUUGGUACCCUAUCAGCCUUUCAAGUUCUCGAUCAGUGAUAUCAGUCACAAGACGUCGAUCGACAGCCAGAUACUCCAGAGCAUCAAGUCCGAGGAGGUACUCAGAACCUGUCAGAAUGUAUCGAAUGUACUACUUCAGAUUCCAAAGUACCAGGAGAAAUUGCUUAAUUUUUCGAGUAAUGAGUUCAAGAGUUCCUUUUGCUACACUGACAAGUGCAAUAAUUUAACUGAAAUAACGGUCAAGUGCGAGCCACCUGUGCUCAAUGUUCCUGAUCCCAGGGGGUUUGCGAGGGGGGCGGAUGGGAGGGGGGAUUUUUUGGCUGACAGGGGGAGGGAUAUUACGUCGACCCUGGAUCUCGCUGAGAAGAAGAGGAAGAGGAAGAGGGAGAAGAGCUGUGGGAAUAAUCGCAGCUCGGAGUCCGAGGGGGAGGGCGAUGUCAAGGACUCUGAUCUGUGGAUCACCAAGGGUCCACCUGCUAAAUUGACGUUUUCGGAGAAGAAACUCACGUUUUUGGCGAUUUUUGGACUGACUACGUUGAGCACAAGGAAUG